AUGAGGGAAGAGGUUAUCAGCUCCGGAGGCACUGUUGAUCCUACACCUGCUGCCAGUUAUGCCCUUGCUUAUUAUGAGUUGGCCUCACUUGACAUGGCAGGUUUUAAGGAGGAAAUAGUUCCAUCAGGCUUCAGCACCUUGAUACCAUUAGGAAUCAGCCAAUCAGGUCUUAACUACCUUAGGCAUCCUUCACUUGGAAUGGAAGUUGGUGGCAAAGGUGCCGUUCUCAUCACGCCUUCUCUGUCUUGUCAUGACACCAUUCUCUGUGUUGAGGCUGAAGCAAAGACAAAACCUAUUUCUGCUGGGGCAUCAUCCCCAGCUGUUCCAAUGAAUGUUGGCAGUAUAGAUGGGUCAAGUCAUGGACAAGUCUCUAAAGCGGCUUCUAUCUCAUGUAUUGGGUCACAAGCACCAUGGACUUCCUUGAGCACAAGUGCUGGUGCGUCUUCCAGAUGUUGUAGACCUUGGGAAAGGGGAGAUUUAUUAAGACGUUUGGCUACAUUUAUUCCUUCAAAUUGGCUUGGGAAGCCUCAGAUCAUCAGUUCAUUGGCUUGUGCUCAGAAAGGCUGGAUAAAUAAUGGUGUAGACAAAAUUGCUUGCGAAUCAUGUGGUACUUGCUUGAGUUCUACAGCAUUGCCAUCUUUGACAUCAGCUGAAGAGUUCAGCUCUGUCUGUUACAGGGACAGGGUGCUAUUCUUUGAAAUGUGGAGACCAGGCUUGGUUUCUAUAUCUUCUGUAAUUCCCCCCUUGUUCCUUAUUCCUGUAUAG